AUGAAAAAUAUUUUUCAUUUAAUUUUUUUUUUUAUUUUUAUUGGUUGUGUAUUUUGUUUGACACCACCACAACCAAUAAACCCCACCAAAAACCCUCAAAACCAACAUUAUUACCAAGUUUUUGAUAAUAAACUUGCCUAUGGCGUACAAAUAACUGGACCAAAUGCUACCGAUUAUUGUAACAGUUUUUCUUAUAAUGGAACUAAAGGCUAUUUAGUAACAUAUACAAGUGAAGAAGAAUGGAAUUGGGGUAAAACAAAUAAUUUUACAACAUCUGGUAUGUGGAUAUCAGGCAGUGAUGCAGAAAAAACAGGUGUUUGGAAAUAUUCAAAAGGUUCACCAGAAGAAGAUGAUUUUAUGUAUAAUCUUUAUUUUGAUAAAUGUUAUAGUUUUUGUAUAUUUGGAAGUUUAGAACCAAAUUUAAUUAAAGAUGAACAUUGGUUGCAUACCUCUGGUUCUGUGACAGUUCCUUACAUUAAUAACAAUGGUCCAUUGGCAUUAUUAGAUAAAUAUGUUUGUGAAUUUGGUGGUUAUGAAGAACCACAUAUUCCUCCAUCACCAACCACUGGUUCAACUGUAAUUAUCAAACAUUUAAAUUCAUUCACAAUCGAUAGUCAAUUAUCAAUAAUUUUCACAAAUAGAGCAGAUUCUUCAAAAACUUUUUCAUGUACAACUAUAAAACAAAUCGAUACUGGUAGUGUUGAAUGUGCAAUUCCACCAGGUCAAGGCAAAUUCACAGUUGCAAUUAAAGAUAGUAAAAAUAAAAAGAAUAAUUUUCCAAUUUAUUGGAAUUAUGAACUACCAAUGAUUGGUGGUGUUUAUCCAGUAUUUUCAAAAGGUAGUACUGCAAGUAUUACAGGUGCAAAUUUUGGAACUAUUGCUUCAGAAAUCACAGUAACAUUAGGUGCACCAGGAGUUUCAUGUAAUAAUAUUAUUAUCACACAAGCACAUGAAGUUUUUACUUGUGUUUUAUCAGAAAGUUUAACUGGUAAUAAAUUUUUACCAAUUACAAUUACAGUUUCAACAAAUACUUUUAUUUCAUUUAAAGCUGCAAUUUUUUAUAAUGGUUAUUAUUAUAGUGGUUUUUUAGCUUGGGCAACAUUUGAAACUUCAAUGAUUGAUUAUGCAUCAAAUUUAAGAAUUGAUGGUCAAAUUGGUCAUAUGGGAUCACUUUAUGAUGAUACAUUGAUACAGUUUGCAAAUAAUACAUUACCAGUUCAAAAUGGUAAUGCAAGAUGGAUAUUAUGGCAAAAUGCAAAAUAUGUGGGUAAUGGAAAUUUUGUUUAUAUCACAGGUCCUAAUCAAGGUAAACCAUGUAUUUUAAAGUAUAAAUCAAUUAUUGGAGGUGAUGCUGUAAAAGCAACUUGGACUGAGAAUACAAGAUUUGUAAUUUAUUUAGAUACAUUAGAGUUAACAAAUAUGACACUAUCUUCUUAUACUGGUGUAUUGACAGAAUAUGGUGGUACACCUCCAUCUUUUACAACUCCAAAUAAAGUAAACACAGUUGAUACAAUUGGUGGUAAAGUUGAUAUUGGUAUAGAUAACUAUGGUACGAUUUUUAGUAAAAUUACAGUAUUUUUCAAUGGAAAAUCAGUGGAUUUUGAAAGAGAUUAUAUCAAUGGUGAAUUGGAUGUUCAAAUUGCUGCUGGUUUUGAUGGUCCAUAUGAAAUUGUUGUUAGAGUGGAUACAUUAAAUACAACUGCAAAUUCUCAAUUUGUAAAAUAUAAUGAACCAACAAUAAUUACUAUGAAUAGAGUACCAACUACUGGUGGAAUUGUCACAAUAACAGGUAGUAGUUUUUCAAAUACACUUUCAAAUACAUUAUUGACAUUCGAGUCAUGUAGUUUGCUCACUGUUUUAGUUCCAUACAAGAGUUAUACUUGUACAUUACCAGUUGGUUCAGGUACAAUACCUGUUGCAUUAAAAGUUUCAAAUCAAAGUACAACCGCUAUUUAUAAAUAUGCAGAGCCAUCAAUAAUUUAUUCGAAUAAUAUCGCUCAGGUGGGUGGAGUUUUAUCAAUCUCUGGUAUAAACUUUGGAAUUGAUAGUAGCUUAAUUCAAGUUUUAAUUACUGGAGGAUCAGAUAAUGUUAAUGUCAGUUGUAAAAAUGUAGCUAUAAUUGAAGAUCAUGAAAAAAUUAGUUGUUUAUCACCACCAUUAUCACCAGACACUUAUAAUUUAGAGAUUAUUGUUGACGGUAUUUCAUCAAUUACACCACAAUAUCAAAUAGAAUACUUUAAUUCUGACCUAUACACUAAUCAAGAUAAAGCUGAUCUUUUAAUUAAUGGUAAAGAUUUACCAGAUGCAACAACCUUAUCAAUUAUUUUAGAUAGUGUUAAUAUAUCAUCCUAUUGUUUAGGUAGUAAAGAAUUAAUUAGAUGUUCAAAUUUACCAUUGAAUGUUAUUAGUGGUACUCUAACAAUUACUCAAGGUGAUAAAAUUUAUCCAAGUAUUCCUGUUGCAUUAAAACCUUGGAUUUCAUCAAUUUCAAAUCAAUUAUUAGAUACAGUACAAACUAGUGAUGUGACAAUUACCGGUCGUUAUUUUGAACAACCAAUAAUAGUAUCAAGGGAUAAUAAUAUAGAAUUGAUAGAAGAUCAAGAUUAUACAAUCAAUAGUCCAGAAGAAAUUGUUUUACAUAUUUUCGGUGGAUUUGGGUUAAAUCAUACAAUUGCAAUUGAAAAUCAAAAUAAAUUAAAAUCAAAUAAAGUAAUCUAUUCAUUCUUUAAACCAGAGUUAUUAUCAGUUACACAAGUUGAAGAUUUAGUUGUAAUCAUUGGAAGAAAUUUAAGUAAAACUUUGACAACUCUAAUUUUUGGAAGUUAUGAACCAACUAUAAAAUCAAUCGAUAGUAAUAGAAUUGAAUUUAAUUUAUUAACAAGUAAAUCAAGAAAUGGUGAUAUCUAUGUUAUUGUUGAUUCACAGAAAUCAAAUUCUUUAUUAUUAGAUAUUUAUCCAAUUCUAUUCAGUAUUAAACCAAUAGCAUCUUCAUUUAAUAGUACAAGUAAAAUAACAAUUAGUGGUAAUUAUUUAUUUGAAGAAGAUUCAAACAAUAACGCUGUAGCAUUACAAUUUCAAUAUACUUUUAAAACUCCAUCAAUUAAUUCUCCAAUUGGAUUCUUAUUGAAUUGUUUAGCCUUGAUUGUGGGUACAGAAUAUGAAUGUGAUAUUCAACCAGGUUAUGGAAAAUUUGAAAUUAUUGCAAUUUCAAAAUCAUCUCUCAUAUCAAACUCUUUACAAUCAGAGUAUGAAUCUCCAAUUGUAUUAAAAGUAUUAUCACAAGUUUAUUUAAAUGAACCAAUUGAUCUUUUAAUUUCAGUUUUAAAUUUCAAAAUUGAUUAUACUAGUGUUUUCAUUGAAGAUCAAGAAUGUGAAAAUGUUUCAAUCGUCGAUCAAACAACUAUAAAAUGUAAAUACCAAUCAACAAUACCAUUACCAAGCGAAAGAAAAGGUUUAAAUGUAAAAGUUAUUUCCGCAGAUCUCAGUGGAGAGAAUGAUUGUUUAGUUUAUUCAACAUUAUAUGAUUGUGAGCUAUUAAACAAUUGUUCAGGAAAUGGUGAUUGUAAUAAGAAAUUACCAAAAUGUAUAUGUUAUCAAGGUUGGAGAGGUCAAGAUUGUUCAAUCGAUAGUGAAAAAUACCCACCACAACCUGAACCACCAAUUAUUGAUGAAAAUGGUUCAACUACAUUCCCAGGUUCAAAAAUUAAUUAUACAAUUGCAAUCACUCAUUUAGUUGAAAUGGAUAUUACUGAUAAUCCAGUUAGAUUUUUAUCAUUAUCAGAAAUUGAAUGGACAAAUAGAACAGGUUUAUCAAACUCAUCAAAUUUCUAUAGUGGUAGUUUUAAUAAACAAGGUGAUAAUUCUACAAUUUUUGAAUUGAUAAUUCAUUAUUUCUCUGAUCAAGGUGAAAUCGAAUUUGCUGGUGAAACAUUAUACAUGCCAGAAAAUUCAAUUAAAUAUCAAGCUACUAUUUUAGGUUGGAAAUUUUCAAGUGAAUUAAAUUAUUUAGUUACAAUUUUUAAAUCAAAAACUGAUUCAUCCGAAUUUUAUAAUUGUGAAUCAAUAGAUACAGAAUCAAAAUAUUUAAAAAAUCAAUAUCAAAUUCAAACAUUUUCAACUUCUCUCACUGGUAAAUUUGCAUCACGUGCAAUCAUUGAUGAUAGAAUUACUCAAACUGAAUUAAUACAAAUUGAUAAACAGAAUAAUAGUAAAAUUUAUAAUUUCAUUGGUGCUUCAACAGAUGAUAUUGAUAAUUCAAAAUUCACAUUAAGAACAGGUGUUAUAUCACCUCAUUUUAAAAGCAAAACUAUAAUUGAUCCUUCAUUUGGUCAAUUAUUAAGACCAGAAGAUGAUGAUGAAGAUACAAAUUGUGAUUCAAAUAAAUGGAAAUUACCUGUAAUAGUUGUAGUAUCAGUAGUUGGAGGUUCAACAUUAGUAGCAGCAUCUUCAAUUUUUUAUUAUAGAAAAUUAAAAGAGAAGAAAUCAAUGAAAAGAAUGUCAAUUUCAAUGAAUUCAAUGAAAGAUUAA